AUGGCCCGUCAGAAUUUUUUAGGCUUGGUCGUCUCCCAAGGGAAGAUGCAAAAGACGGUCAAAGUCCGUGUAGAAAGAAAAGUCUUUAAUAAAAAAAUCAAUAAGGAAUUGUUUCAUAGAAGAGAUUAUCUAGUACACGACGAAGGUGAAAUAUCAAGGGAGGGUGAUUUGGUAAGGAUAGAAGCGACGAGACCGCUUUCAAAAAGGAAAUUUUUUGCCAUUGCGGAGAUUAUUAGAAACAAAGGUCAACAAUUUGCAUUAUACGAAUCAGAAGCUCAAUUAAGUGUCGCAAAGGAAGAAGCACAGAAGGCAAAAGAGUUCUUAGACAAAAGAUCAGCAAGGGAGAAUAAGCUCAACGAAGAAACGACCCUAUUACGUGAUAUUAAAAUCAUUCAAGAUGCAUUAUCUAAGGGAUCGACGCCGAAAGAGUUAUCAGAAAUUAAACAUAGAUAUGGUAUCCAGGAUUUUUCGCAGGACACAGUAAGGCAACUGCUGCAACUAGACAUAUCUAUACUAGAAGUUGAUGUAGAGAAACAAAGAAGUAUGAUCGACCGUAUUCAAAGUCGUUUAUCCGAGUUAUUGUCGGACGACUUAAGAGGAAAUCAAUUUUUAAAAGAUCAUGGUGUUGAAGAUCCUUUGAAUUUGAAGAAAAAUAUCAGAAAGAACUUAUUAAAAAAACAUGUCAUGAUGGAUCUGCAACAACCAAGUCAGUAA